CACCGACUCCGCAACACGUCUAAGCAACACUUAGUCACAUCGAAAUGGCGGACUCUAUGAAUGAGGAAACGAAGCUGAUGCUUCGGAAGGCGUUCGCGAUGUUCGACGAGGAAAAGACCGGCUUCAUCGAGGCGACGCAACUCGGGGGAAUCCUGAAGGACCUCGGCCAGACGGUGGAUCCGGACGAGCUCAAGAACACCAUCAUGGAUAUGGAUGUUGAAGGCAAGGCGCUGUCGGAGAACAAGGUCACCUUCGAGCUCUUCGUGAACAUUGUCGGGGUCUUCCUGCAGGACGAGGACGACGAGGCGAUGGCCGAAGAACUCAGGGAGGCUUUCAGGCUCUACGACAAGGAAGGAAACGGCUACAUCACGACACAGACGCUGAGGGAGAUUAUGAAAGAGCUCGAUAACAAACUGACAGAGGAUGACCUGGACGGCAUUAUCGACGAGGUUGACGAAGACGGCUCAGGAACCGUAGACUUUGAUGAGUUUAUGGAGAUGAUGACAGGCGAAUAAACUGGAUUCCUGCUUUAUCAUCCUAAGUUCUUUUCUUUAACUGCAUCUAUGUCAAACCCUAAACAAUGAAUACUUUAAAAUGUUCUUGACCUAUUUUUUGUUUAGUUAUUCUGUGUUAUUUCAAUUCGUCAUUUCCCAAAGAACUCAUGUGUUAAAAAGAUAUCCAAUGUCAUACAAAAUUUAGUAUUUCCUUCACAUCAUAAUUUUAAAUAUCCAUUAUAUACACUCGGGUCCAUAAAUAAUUGGAAUGUUAAUGAGAAAAAGGGACCAUAAAUUCAUUAUGAAAUAUUGUUACAUCGAAACAUGAUACUGACAUCACAGUUUUCCAGCAAUGACAGCUCCAUACGUUUCCAAACCGUAAUAAUUUCGUAAUAAUUAACUGCUGCGUUAUCUUUCUGAUAAUGAAGCCAUAAUCAACUGAUGUUGAAUUCAUUAGAAGCGAAAUUAAAUUAAAAUUUUUCUUAUCCUUUACUUGUAUUAUAUAUAUUUUUUUCGUAACAGUAAAUGAAUAUACGUUCUCGAAAUAGUUAUUACAUUUUCAACAAGAACAGCUAGAAUAUCAACCUUUCGCAUUUAUCUAUUCAUUUACGUGAUAAAAAGUUGGAAUCAAGCACUUAACUGUGAUUUGCUAUGAAGCCAAAAAGUAUCGUUUUUCUGUCGAGGAUUUCAAUAAUUAUUCUUCCUUUU